UCAUUUACGUCCGACUCUUAACCGGCAGAAAACACAUUCGAUCUUAUACUCAGAAAUUCAAAAACAAAGAUCAAAUUCAGGAGAUGUUUCCCUUCCGGCCGCGCUUGAAUCACCUGAGAACGGAUCGCUUGGAACGUCGUCUGCGACAGCGUCUGCACGAUGCCGGCAUAACGACCGCGGCCAUGGCAGCAGCGGCAGCGGAAACGGAAACGGCAAUGGGACCGGAUAUGCGCACAGUGCCCGCUUUGCAUCCGCUCCUAGUGUCGCUGCAGCAUGUACGAUUGCUUCUGAUCCACCUGCGACACCUGCUCAUCCGCCAAAGAGUUGGCAUGAUACUGGGAGCCGGCGAUAGUAUGUUUGUGUGGAACAGACGGGAGCCGUCGAUACCCACCGGGCAGAGGGGCGAGGGCGACAGCGUUCCGGAGAUGGACAUGGAGGUGGUGAGACCAGGUGAUGCCUAGGAACACGACAACACACACACACACACACACAUACGAUCGAUCUGUGCCCACCCCCCCACAAACCGUGUGCGUGCCGCCUGCGUAUAUGUGUGUGUAUACUUGUGAACGGACACAUUUCCGUGUGCCAUUAUUAUUAUUAUCAUCAUCCUAUGGCUGCCGUGGUACCCAGAUCCAGGAACGGCCAGGUCCUGUCUCUCUCUUCAGCUCGGAGAGGUGGAUGUGGAGCGCACGCAUAUAAUAAUUUCCUGUUCAAUGAGCAAUUACCGUAAUAAAGAUACAACUCCGGCUA